CUCCUCCUAAAAACAUUCAUUGGUUCGUAAUACGUCCUACAGAAUCAUAAAAUUACUCUUACAAACUCCUCUCUCUCUCUCUCUCUCUCUCUCUCUCUCUCUCUCUUUUUCCUUAUCCACGACGACUUGAGGAGCAUACAUAAGCAACAUUCAGCACCUCAAGCUUAACUACUAUAUUGAUCAUUAUGAAUUUAUGAUCAUAUCUAGACCCUAUUCUAACUUCUAGGGCAUGAUGAUUACCACCUAAGUUCUUCAAAACUUCCAUGGCAGAAUUAACGGUGGGUGAUGGUGCUGUGGACGGUGGUUCUGCAUCUCCCACCACCACAAACAGGAAACAGUCAUACAUCACCGGCAUGCUUGUCAAAAACCCCGGCGUACCCAUAUUCCUUUCGGUGUUUUUAGUCACGCUUUUCAUCACUGCAGCUGUAUUCACUCGUUGGGUUGAUGUUUCUAUCAUAACGGCUCAAUUUCGUCAAAAAGAUAUUCUACCAUUUGAAGACAACGAAACUACCAAUAAUUCAAUAGUCGAAUCAUGUCCGGAAUACUUCCGAUGGAUUCAUGAGGAUUUGAAGCCAUGGAAAAACAUCGGAAUCAACAAAGAAAUGGUGGAAAAAGCUAGAGAAAAAGCGCAUUUCAGACUAAUCAUACUUGAUGGGAGGCUUUACAUGGAGAAAUAUGAUUAUGUUUUCCAAACUCGAGAUGUUUUCACAAUUUGGGGGAUUCUACAACUCCUCAAACUCUACCCUGGAAAAAUCCCCGACCUUGAUUUGAUGUUUAUGUGCCAUGAUUGGCCUUUAAUUCGUAAAGAAGAUUAUCAAGACAACAGCACAACCAUACCACCAUUAUUUCACUAUUGUGGUGAUGAUUUGACUUAUGAUAUUGUUUUCCCUGAUUGGUCCUUCUGGGGAUGGCCAGAAGUUAAUGUAAAGCCAUGGGUGAACUUGAGCAAGGAAUUGGAACACGGGAAUCAGAAGAUAAAAUGGAAGGACAGGGAACCCUAUGCUUAUUGGAAAGGGAAUACGUACACCGGAAAGGCCAGGAAGGAUCUUGCAAAGUGCAAUUCUGAUGGCACACGCAAAUGGAAUGCCAGAAUUCACCAUUUGGAUUGGAGAAAAGGAUUUAAGGAGACCGAUCUAGCAAACCAAUGUACAUAUAGGUACAAAAUAUAUGUAGAAGGAAAUGCAUGGUCGGUUAGCGAGAAAUACAUUUUGGCAUGUGACUCGAUGAGUCUUGUCAUAACUCCACAUUACUAUGAUUUUUUCACAAGAGGUUUAACACCAACCAUUCACUAUUGGCCUAUAGACGAACACAAAAAAUGCAGUUCGAUUAAGUUUGCAGUUGACUGGGGAAACAAAAAUAUAGAAAAGGCACAAGAAAUAGGAAGAAGAGGGAGUGAAUUCGUUAAAAAUGAGCUACAAAUGAAGUUUGUAUACGAUUACAUGCUCCAUCUUUUAACAGAAUACUCGAAGCUUUUGAAAUACAAACCAUUUAUCACGAAAAAUGCAGUUGAAGUUUGUUCAUGUUUUGGAAAAGGGCUAGUGAAGGAAUUUAAGAAGAUAUCUAUGGUAAUCGGUCCAACAAAGGCGAGUCCUUGCACCAUGCAGCCUCCGUAUGAGGAUUUUGAACUUGAAUCUUUACUCUUUAUGAAAUUAAACUUAACAAGGCAAGUCGGAAUUUGGGAAGCAAGCAAGCGUAUUUAGCGUACACAAUUUUUUUUAUAGGAUUUGUUUUAGAAUUUUGACCAAGAGGCGAAAAAUCGGUGCAAUUUACUGUUUCCUAUUAGUAUACGAGGUGUUGAUGUAAUUGUAUUAUGGUAUAUAUGUAUACACCAAAGGAGAUGAUAAAUGUUUUAUGUGACAUGCUCCAAGCACAUAUGUUGAAGACAAGAGUUUCAUACCUAUUUACGGGGGCGGCUCAAGGAAUUUAAAGGCUUUAAGCAAGCCUUUCAAGUAAGCAAACAGUUUAGAACUUGAGACCUUUAGUUUUAUAAACCAGUUCUUUUAUCACCAAGUUAAGUUUCACAAUAAGCUUUAAAUUUUGGGGCCCUUUAGAAUUGGGCCCUAAGCCCUUGCUUAGUUUUUCAAAAGGUAGAGCCGGCCCUGCCUAUUUAUAGUUGAUCUAAUCAACAUCUACCAAAAGUUGUUAUCAUAUGUAAUUAAUCACCAUCACAAAAAGCUCAUUUAAGGGGUUGUUUAACAACCUUUAAAUGAUUUAGAGGCUUGAAAUGAAUCUUUUUCUUAGUGUAAACAUGCAGUUUGGUUAGAUCAUCCAUGAAUUGUGUGCAUGGUUGUGCCAGUGGGUAGGACACCUUACAUGAUGACCCAUGGCCAUCAAAUUUUUAGGACCCCAUUUUUAUAUGUCUUCUUAUAUUAAUUAACUUUGACAACUACAUCUUAGUUAUAAAGCUUUGAAUCUAAAAAACAUAAUAAUAUAGGUUGUGAGUGGGUGAAUAAAUA